AGUUGCAUAGCCAAAAACGAUAAUGCUACUUUAAUUUGACUUAAGCACAUUUUAUUUAAAUCCAUUUUCUUAAAAUAUCACAAAUAAGAAUUGAUCGCAGGUUUUAGAAAGUAAAUAUAUAAUCAAUGGUUUCACAGCCUUCAAAUUAAUAGUAAUUUUUAAACAAAGUACGUUUUGUUCGGAAACCUUUGACUUUUGACCUCUGCAUAUUUAACAAAGUGUGACCCGACUGCCGAAAAGUUUUUGAGGCCAGUGGGCCAGCCGGCAGUGCGAAAGUUAGUUAAUUAUGUCACUGAGAAGUCCCAUCACUGCACGAGGUUACCUGGUGAUCAGUGAUGAUAACAUGUUUGAAACAACGAGCAACACCACAAAGUCAAUCCUACAUCAACGACAGCUUCUGACUGACAUGAGGGCCCAAAAUUUCGAUGUCAUCCGGUUUGCCACAUAUAGAACAGCUUGUAAGAUCCGCUUCAUACAGAAGAAAACUAACUUGCAUCUUGUUGACAUCUGGAAUGUGAUUGAGGCGUUUCGUGAGAAUGGUCUCAACAUGGUGGAGCCGAGUUUUGAACUCAACACCACGAGAAUAGAGUCUCUGUUGACGACCAUCUUUACUCAGCUCAACAAGCGUCUGCCAAUCAACCAACAGAUCGCUGCCGAACAAUCAACGAGUUUGCUGCUCAACUGGUUACUAAGUGCCUAUGACAGUAGAAAUACAGGGAGACUGCGAACAUUUACUAUAAAAGUAUGUCUGUCCCACCUGUGUGCCGGAAAGCUUAUGGAUAAACUCAGGUAUAUCUUUACACAGUUGUCGGACUCUAGUGGUUACUUGAUCUGGUCUCGGUUUGAAGAAUACCUCCAUGAUCUUCUGAUGCUGCCCACUGCUGUCUUCGAAGGACCUUCAUUCGGUUACAAUGAAACGGCCGCACGAAGCUGCUUUGACCCGAACUGUCGUAUCAAUGUGAAUGACUUCCUCAAUGUACUCAUGUGUGAUCCUGGACCUCAGUGUCUGAUGUGGCUUCCAGUCCUCGUCAGAAUGGCUCACGUUGAAAAUGUGUUGCACCCGGUGCUGUGUGAAGGCUGUCACCGUCAGUCGUUCACUGGGUUCCGCUACAAGUGUCAGCGUUGUUUCAACUACAACCUGUGUCAGGACUGCUUCUGGCGCGGUCGGACAUCAGGCAACCACCACAUCGACCAUGAAAUGAAGGAACACGCAUCUUAUAAGUCUCAAGCCAAGCAGAUUGGUCACUCUAUACGCAAGUCUUUCCAGUGUACUCCAACACGAUCAAACCAAAAAGUUCCCCAUUUUCCAGAGGCUCCAGAAAAGACAAUAGAUCUGUCAUAUAUUGUCCCACCGACACCUGUUCCUCUACACAAUGGAUUUCCUGAACACCCCAUCAUCACCUCCACGGCAGAAGUGUCUUCCCUAGAAAGCAGCACCAUGUCCAGGAGUCCAAACAAACUGAACUCGAGUUCUGAUUCGUGUCCGGUUGAUGAUGAACAUCGACUGAUAGCGAGGUAUGCCGCCCGGCUGGCUGCUGAUAACACCAACGCUUCGCGGAGUCCCACUGAGCUGAAUUUCAGCCUGGACUCCAGCAAGGCACAGAGAGAGCUGAUUGGUCAACUGGAGGCCAAGAAUAGGGAAAUCAUGCGAGAAAUUCAGCGUCUGCGGCUGGAGCAGGAAGCCUACGCUGCUGAAAAUGAGGAAGCCCAGUACAACCCAACCCUUCUCACGGAACUGCGGUUGUUACGGCAACGGAAAGACGAACUUGAAGGUCGAAUGCAGGCUUUACAAGAGAGUCGCAAGGAGCUCAUGGUUCAGUUGGAAAGUUUGAUGAAAUUGCUAAAGAAUCACCCGAGCUCUCCUCGUUCAACUCCCACCAAUUCCCCGUCCCCACGGUCCCGUUCCGGUCUGUCACCCACGAUAGCGCCGGCUGUCAACAAAGUGGCCACGCCCAGCACAACAAUGGACACGUCACUCACGGGACUGGGCGGGGACGUGCAACAGGCUUUCAACCAAUCGGCUUGUGCCACCUCCAACGUGAGGAGUCUGCGCAACGACCUGCUAGUGGCUGCUGAUUCUGUUACCAAUGCAAUGUCUUCGCUAGUCAAAGAGCUCAAUUCUGAAAAUAGUGGCAGUGAAGAUGAUGAUGAAGUAAAUGGGAGAAGUAUUGACAGUUACGGCGUCUCGCUGAUGAGAGCAUCUGGCACCGACGAUAUCGAGUCAUGGCGCGACGACAUCAAGUGGCGACUCAAACAAGAAUCUGAAUUCCUCGCACAGUUGCGGGCGCGACGCCAGCGCAGUGAGAGUAGUAGUCAGAAUGCCAGCGACACCGAGCCCGAUUCAACCAACUACAUUCCUGGAGAAGAUGGCGACUCGUAUGUGAAGACGGAUGAUGACAGUAUUCUGCUGACAGAGGACGGAGAGUCGUACACACGGACAGAUGACGACAAGAGCUCAAAGAGUCAUGAAGAUACCGAGCUGUAUGACAACCAGCCAGGGGAGCUGAUGACAAGUUCUCGUUACACGACCGAUGAAGAAAGUUUUCUCCAGACGGACGAGGAAUCGUACAUACGGACAGACGACGAGGAGGGCGGGAACACAGACUGGGAGGAGUCCACGCGGAGGUGGGUGAACCGGUGAACUCACCCACCCCCACCUCAACCCCACCGGUACAAACCUAGUCAAGACAGUACAUGAGCUUUACCUGUAAACAAAGCAUGUUUCACAAGAAAUGAGAAAACAAAGAAUAUAUCCAAACAAUGCAAUUUGUUAGCAAUGGGUUGCUACGUGUUGUUUUUAUCAGGGUAUUGGAUGCGGUGCAUGUGGAUUUAAAGACCUGAACUGACUUCCAGUCGGUUGGUUUCCUCCAUAUAUGGUUUCUCACAUAACGAGAAUAAUGUGCAACUGUGAUGAGAUAUUUCGGUAAAGUGGCCAAGUGAAUAUUCAUUAAAAAAGAAGGAGAUAAUGGCCUUGAGAAUGGCAAGUGAAUGCCUCUUGGGUUGUGAAGGAAUAUACGACGACGGAACCUAUUUUUGUAACAUUUAAUGAGUUUACGAUUAGAGUGAAGAUCUGACCUGCACCUCUAUUACCUCAGUGCUGUGGCCUUGUUACAAGAGUGGCCAAGUGUGUUUUGCGUGUUGUUUGUUGUGUACGUUGACCUACUCAUAUUCACUAUAUAUAUUAUACAAAUAUAUAUUAUAUAUAUAUAUAUACAUGUACAGUAAAAAUCAAUCUGCAGCUAAUGCCUUCUAGGUUAAGCAAUGUCCUUUUAUGCAGACAUCCUAGAAUAUGUUAAUACUGGUGGCCUCAGUAGUGAAGUGGCUAAUUAACCAUCAACUUAAGGCUGGUAGGUACUAGGUUAAUAUCCUGGUAUCGGGCUGUCACCCAGAGCUAGUUUUAACGACUUAGUGGCUAGGUGUAAAGCCACUAUGCUAACUUAUCUCUCACUAACCACUAACCCACUGUUCUGGGGCCUAAUUCACAAAGCUCUCUUAGGCUCUGCUAGACAACAAAGCAUCCUCUUUGCAAGUCUUUUAGCAUUGCACUGUGAUAUAAUAUCAUAAGUUGCGUGAGGUAGUGAAUGAGGCCCAGAUAGCUGAGGUGUGUACCCAGGACAGCGUGCUUGAAUCUUAAUUGGAUAUAAGCAUGAAAAUAAGUAUAAACAGACAAUAUGUUGAUGCAUCCUCCUCUUACUUCUAAUAGAAUGUCUUAUUCGAGCAAGGACAUAAUAAGAUAAAUCCUGGAUUUUCAGUCCUGCCCACCUCAAGAAUAAAGGUAUGCCCCCCCCACUGGUUGUUUAUUAACUUAUUAACUGGUCAAGAAUAAAAUGUUUUGGCCUUAAAAUAUAUAGUGAUGUACAAAUAUCUUGAAAAUAUUAUUUUAAACAAAAAACAUGUAUAAAAAAGAUUUAAUGUCCUGAAAACAUUAAUAUUUUUUUUUUACCUCUUACUCCAUUGAAACAAAAUUUGAUAAAAAUCUAGCAUCUAAUUUAUUAUGGCCCAAAGGUUGAUAUUUGAUUUGAGUAAUUCUCAUCAGGCAAACUGUGUCUGAAAUGUAAGAGUUGACCUUUGAGUAUAGAUUGAUAUACACUCCAUUUGUUUCAUUUGUAUCCUAUGACCAAUUCCCUAUUUAUAAACUUGAGGCAUUUGCUCUGGAAGGUUUUGCUGUACUUGUGAAAGAAAGAAUCGUAGCGGCAUGUGUUCUCUUACUGAUUCAGUGUAUUCUACUACAUUGUAAAUAUGGCUGACUGAAUACCGCUGAAGUGCCGUGUCCUCUGAACACUUCUGUGCAGAAUUCAGAACAUGUGAUUAAAAAUAUGAACUGGAGGCAGACCUGCCAACCCUUGAUGCUAUAAUAUGUCGUAUUGAUAUUCAUAAUUAAAUCAUCUCCUUAAAAAAACCCCAUCCAAAACCCCCAACAUUUUUCAGGAACUUUUUGAUUUUUAAUAAUAUAAACCAGCCAAAAAACCCAGAAACCCCCCCAGAAAUUUGAAAAGAAUUUUUUUUACAGCAGUAGAAUUUUUUUUUAUAUACAAUUUUAUUUUUAUCAGUGGUUUAGAGUACAUAACAGUAAAUAAACAUUUCUUCAGUUAUUCAAGUGUGUAUGCUUGGCUGAAAAUGUUCUGGGUAGUUUUUUUAAAGAGGGCAAAACAAUAUCCUGAUUUGAUUUAAAUGUAUAGAGUGUUUUGACUGUUUGGGUCAGUGCACACAGUCAAUUAUUGAAGUGUGUCCAGGGAACAUUUUGUUUUCAAAACUUUGAUUAGCGAUAUUUCUAGUCAAUUGAGAAUUGAUUAGCGACUACUGUUUAAUGUUUUAAAAUUGUGUAGCAAUCUCCGAAACUUGUGCAGCGAAUCGCAAUGCGAUACAAUACAAAAUGUUCCCUGGUGUCUUACUAAAAACUGUUGUGAAAUAUUAGCACUUUAUUAGGUUUGGCAGGUCUGUAGAGAAAAUGGAAACUCCUCUGUUCGUUUGUACAUGAAGGUUGUGAACUGGAUGUAGGGUAAACACUUUGUCGAGUUCUAGAUAAUAAUUAGUCUGCUUUCUUAGACAGGCACCUCUAGUACUUUAACAGUUGAGUCUUGUGUCAAAUGUUAUGUCAGGUUAUAGCCUACCAUUUCAAACAUCUCAAAUAACCAGACUUCUCAUAGCCUGUGACUUGGGGGAAGUAUUAGGCCCAAAACACACCUAAGCUGGGUCUGGGGAGUAUAUAGUACCAGUUGAAAAAGAAGCAGUGAAUUUAUAUACUAUUUGAGAUAAAAAAAAGGGAUCACAUAAACAUAACACAGCAAAUAGUGACUGUAACAAACACCCUCAGUUCAUGGUGUCAACAGUUAACCAUGUUACUGGCGGUCAAUUUGACACUACUGAUAUUCAUUCCCACAUUAUGACUUUGUAUAAAAUACAGACAUUACUACACUAGUAGUGAAUUAAAUGUGGUCUACAAUUUCAUGUGUUCCCUUCUCUUUUUUUUCAUCAGUAUAUGAAUUUUUUUAGUAUCGAAGAACAAAUUAACAUGAAAAUGAGAUGCAUCAUUGUAGAAUAAAACCACUUUGUUCACAUUUUGGAUCAUAAUUUCUGCCUGAAACAUCAGAUGAUGUUUCCCCAUCUUUAGAUUUCAUUGUGGCUUUGUGAAUUUGCACUGAAUCAUUACAUAACAUAAAGAAAAUGGUGUAUGUAACAUUGAGUCAGGUAUGAAGUAAAAUAGGUACUCUGUCUUGCUGUACCACCACCCCACCACCCCAUUGUCCAUCCUUGUAUCAGUGUUUAUUAUACUUCCUGUAGGAACGUACAUUGUAUUUGUUGUGAUUUCAUUACCAAUCAUACGUCCAACAGUUUUCAACAAUUUUACAUACACGUUGUAUAGGGCCAAUAUGUGAAUGCCUUCAUUUUUUGGUUUUUACAGUGACGAUCUGUAUAGAUUAAAGCCUCGGAGACUAAAGCGUUUAUAAUUCUUUAUACAUUGUGUAAAAAUAUUUUUUAUUUUACAAAUGACAUACAGAUUGCAUUAUGGAAUGUGUAUAUAUAAAAUUAACUGUUUAAUACGCUUGGUAUGUUUACUAUUCAUGUCGCUUGAAAGAAGAGAUUGAUGGAAUAAGAAAAUGUUAAAUCAGUUUUAUGAAUGCCAGUUGAUUUUGGAUGUACAUGAACCACAAUAUUUAUAAUUAUGCAUGUUUAAACAUACAGUCAUGUAUAGUCAACCCUGAGGCAAGAAGACACUCACAGGAGUAUAAUUACAAUUUACUCCUUUUUUCUUCUUUUGUUUUGUGUUAUGAUUGAGAGCCAUUUUCCAUGUUCAUGGUUUUUGAUAUGACAUUCAUGUAGGUGCAGUGCAUGUGUGGUUACCCUAAACUGUGCCAUGCAUAUGGAAAUGCUGCUAUUGAUAACUACAUGUACAUCCGUUUUCCACAUUUCACACCUUCACUGUGUCAAAAACCAUGCACAUUGAAAACACCCCAUAGGGGUUUUCCACAAUUGUAUUUAAAGCAAAUUUGUAUAGUGAAAAUGUUAUAGACCCAUCAGGCAUAAAAUAACAGUGGUGGUAACUAUUGUUCCUUUGUAUGAUCAUUUCUGAAUUCUAAUUGGAUGACCUGAUGUGUAUAAUUAUAAACGUCAAAAUUAAUCAUACUAAGGAUAAAAGAAAUUGAUUUCAAAGUACAGUUGAAUCUCGUUGGCUCGAACCUUGUUAGUGCUCGAGAAAGAGUUCAACCCAUCGGGUAGUUCAACCUAACCAUUCAGUUAACAUACUGUAAGUGUAACUCUGGACUUGGUUUUUGGUUUGUUGCAGUGUAUUCGACUCUUCCGAGUUCCACCCAGUUAGAUUCUGCUGUAUAUGAAUGAAUUGAAUUGCUGUUUUAAUUUUAUUUUUUAUUUAUUUUUUGGGGGGGGAGGGGAGGAGGCGGGGGGGGAGAUUUAUAGAUAAACAUGUAGGCCACAAAUUUAGCAUAAAAUCAGUUUACUGCAUUAUGUGACUUUAUUCAGUUUUUGACUGUUAAAAUAUUAUACAUCUGUAAAUUUACCCCGCAAAAGAGAAGAGGAAAAACAUCUUAUAUUAGAAAGUUACUUUUAGAAUACUGAAAGAUUUAGUUAUUACCAUGCUCAGACAAAUUUAUGACAGUAUAUUUGUCAGUAAAUUGUGAUGCAUUGAUUGUUAUGCUGGGUAGAAUACAAAAUCAGUAUUGAAAUUAUUGAGUGAUGUUUUGUUUUGUUGUAUUUUAGGGUUUGUUAAAGUAUAAACAUUCAUUUGCUCAUAAGCUCAUCAGGUAUCUGUAGUUCCUUGAAUACCCUGAAAUCCAAAUUUCUAAGUUGUUUUAAGUAAUCUUUGAUUAAAUACAUGUAUCUACUCCUAAAAAAAAUGUUUUAACCUUUUAAAUUAGUAAUAAAAACCUGACAAAUUCAUUUUAAAUCUAUAAUAAAAUGAAGUUUAUAGCAAAUGUCUACAUUUAAUUCUGAAUAUCAGGCUGAAAAGCAGUUAGUAUACACCUGGGUCCUGUUCCACAAAGCAAUCUUAGCUCUAAGAUCACCUUAAGUGCAUAGCUACGUUAUGCACUUAGGUGAUCUUAGUGCUAAGAUCGCUUCAUGGAACGGGGCCCUGGAAAUUAAUUAAGCACCAUGCAGCACCAGCUUACAUGUAAGUGCGACCAUUUCGUGGAUACCAAACACUGAAAUUAAUGUUCUGUGUAUUGAUAGCAAGUGAGACUGUCAUUACAUCAGUAUUUAAAGAGCCACAGUAAUAAAACACGUAUUUUUCUGUCUUUUGGUACCUAUAUGUCACAUUUACAAUGUAUAUGAAUCAUACCAAAUUUAAAAAAAAAGUGACAGGCCGUUUUUUAUUUAUUCGUAAUGUUCAGUCGCAUUUUUAGCCUUCUCUGGAAAAAACACUGGAAGCUACACACCAAGUUACAUAAUGACGUGUGACAUCACAACAAGGCAGGGCAAGACAUAGCUCAGUGGUACAGCGCUCGCUUAAUGCACGGUCGGUCUGGGAUCGAUCCCAGUCGGUGGGCCCAUUGGGCUAUUUCUCGUCACAGCCAGUGCACAACGACUGGUAUA